AUGCCUCGGUCGACCGUCGAUCGAAAUUUCAACGACGUGUCCAAAAUCGUAGUGACAGACAGGUUCCUCGUGCCAGAGCCCGAUCGGCCUCGCGAGACGACACGAACGUACGAGGAAUGGGACCAUCCUGGCCAUGUCCAUAUCAGUCACCCCAGCCUCGAGGCUGGCGCUGAUGUAUCUCACGAUGGCCGGGUCAACAUCCACAUCAGAGCGCAAGACGGGUGCCUUCACCUCCAGUCCACAGCAGAGAACCGGAACUUGACUGGUUCUCCAUCUCCGCGGUUCCCCAUCAGUUCUCGUCCAAGUCUUACGGGUGAACCUGGGAAGGUCCCUCGUCCGCAGCUCAAUGUCGCCAUCCAGAUUGUCGGCUCACGCGGGGACGUCCAACCAUUUGUUGCCCUCGGGAGGGUCCUCAAGGACACUUACGGUCACAGAGUCAGGAUAGCGACUCACCCCAUCUUCCAGACCUUUGUCGAGGAGAACGACCUCGAAUUUUUCAGCAUAGGCGGCGACCCAGCGGAGCUCAUGGCGUUCAUGGUCAAAUACCCGGGUCUCAUGCCCGGAAUCGAAGCCCUAAAGAGCGGCGAAAUCAGCAAGCGUCGAGUGGGGAUUCGGGAAAUCCUACUUGGAUGUUGGAGGUCGUGUAUCGAAGCCGGCAAUGGCCUCAGACCGCCACCAAAGUUCCGUAAUGGGAACGAGCCUGUCGGCUUGUCCACAGGCGUUCCAGGAAACCAGCCCCUGGUGCCCUUCGUCGCCGAUGCAAUCAUUGCCAACCCUCCCAGCUUCGCACACAUACACGUUGCCGAGAAGCUCGGCAUCCCACUGCACAUGAUGUUUACCAUGCCGUGGUCCCCCACCAGGGCCUUUCCUCACCCGCUUGCGAAUGUCCGGUCAUCCAAUAUGAAUGAUGCUACGACCAACCACCUGACGUACACGCUCGUCGAAAUGAUGACCUGGCAGGGCCUAGGGGAUGUCGUCAACCGAUUUCGAGAAACGACGUUGCAUCUACCUCCGCUCUCCUUCCUCCACGCACCUGGACUUCUCACCCGACUCAAGGUCCCGCAUACGUAUUGCUGGUCUCCUGCGUUGAUCCCAAAGCCGAACGAUUGGCGAGAUCAUAUUGAUGUCGCUGGGUUUUUCUUCCUGAAUCUCGCCUCUUCCUUCACCCCCGACUCCCAUCUGGCCGCAUUCCUCAACGCCGGGCCACCUCCAAUCUACAUCGGAUUCGGAUCCAUCGUGGUGGAUGAUCCCGUGGCAAUGACCCGGAUCAUAUUCGAUGCCAUUCGACGAACAGGCCUGCGAGCAUUGGUUUCCAAGGGAUGGGGUGACUUGGGUGCCGACGACGUCGGAGUUCCCGAGGGAGUCCACAUGCUAGGCGAUGUUCCCCACGACUGGCUCUUCGAACGUGUCUCAUGCGUCGUUCACCAUGGUGGCGCCGGUACUACCGCGGCCGGUAUCAGGGCGGGAAAGCCGACGUUGGUUAUCCCAUUUUUUGGCGACCAGCCAUUCUGGGGUUCCAUGAUAGCCCGAGCCAAGGCGGGCCCGAAGCCGAUCAUGCAUCAAGAUCUGGACGCCGAGAAGCUGGCCGAGGCUCUCCUAUUUUGUCUACGGGCGGAAACGAAGGAGCAGGCCAGAAAACUCGGCGAAAGAAUACGCGAGGAACAGGGAUGUAACGUUGGUGCGAAGUGCUUCCACGACCACCUCGACACCAAGAACCUGCGUUGCUCGAUGGUACCCAGCAGAGCUGCGGCUUGGCAAGUCAAGGGGAGCAAGCUCCAACUGUCGCCCUUGGCUGCGUCUGUACUUGUCCAAGCGGGACUCUUGCAGUACUCCGAUGUUGCCCUUUUCCGAGCUGUCGAGUACGUCACGGAGGAUCAACCUACCGACCCAAUCUCGGCCGGUGCUGCUUCCAUCUUCGCGGACCUCACCAGCAUCGGCAUGGCCGUGGCCGACUUGCCCAGAGAAUUGUUCAGAAUCGGCAAACGCAACAAGGCGAACCCAAGUGAACAGUCGUGUCUUUCACGACACUCUAGUGAGGAUAGUAUGGAUCUGUCUGCCGAGGCUACCGGCACCGCCCCCCCUGGACCUACUGAAACCAGUGAAAGCAUUGGCGAUGCCGAGGUUGUUACGACACCCCCUCGCACAUUGCAAGUGCCUCGACGAGACUCCUCGGCGGCAGAUGACGAAACACACGUUCAUGUCUCGGCUACUCUGGAGGAGAGCAUUAGGGGAGUCAUUGGGGCGGGACGGGGAGUCGGCCACGCUGUGUCAACAGGUGUGAAAUCCCCCAUGAAUUUUUGCCUCGGCCUGGCCAAAGGAUUCCGGAAUAUACCGAGGUUGUACAACGAUGACACUGUCCGGCCGAUAAAGAAAGUCACGGGUAUUCGCAGUGGCAUACAGAUUGCUGGCAAGGAACUGGGAUAUGGUUUCUUCGACGGGAUAGCCGGUCUUGUCACCCAGCCGAUUCGUGGCGCUCAGAAGGAGGGCACUGCAGGGCUACUUAAAGGUGUAGGCAUGGGAGUCGGUGGCCUCAUUGCGAAGCCCGCGGCCGGUAGGUUUGGUUCCGACCCCGUCUCUCCAUUCUCCGCACUAACACGCACAGGUAUUUGGGGUGCUCCGGCGUAUAUUAUGCAAGGAGCUCAUGCGGAGCUACACAGCCUCUUCUCCCAAGGCGCGCAAAAUCACAUCACCACCUCCAGGGCUGUGCAGGGAUAUCAAGAGAUGUGCAAGGCCACGGACGAGGAGAAAGCCGAAGUCGUCAGAAAAUGGAAAAUGGCAAAACUGGACCUUGAGAACUGUUACAUGGUGAAGCAGGAGAAUGAAACGAUGGAGAACGUCUGA